AUGCGGCUGGGCAGUCCUGGACUGCUCUUCCUGCUCUUCAGCAGCCUUCGAGCCGAUACUCAGGAGAAGGAAGUCAGAGCGAUGGUAGGCAGCGACGUGGAGCUCAGCUGCACUUGCCCUGAAGGAAGCCGUUUUGAUUUAAAUGAUGUUUACGUAUAUUGGCAAACCAGUGAAUCGAAAACCGUGGUGACCUACCACAUCCCACAGAACAGCUCCUUGGCAAACGUGGACAGCCGCUACCGGAACCGAGCCCUGAUGUCACCGGCCGGCAUGCGGCGGGGCGACUUCUCCCUGCGCUUGUUCAACGUCACCCCCCAGGACGAGCAGAAGUUUCUCUGCCUGGUGUUGAGCCAAUCCCUGGGAUUCCAGGAGGUUUUGAGUGUUGAGGUUACACUGCAUGUGGCAGCAAACUUCAGCGUGCCCAUCGUCAGCGCCCCCCACAGCCCCUCCCAGGAUGAGCUCACCUUCACGUGUACAUCCAUAAACGGCUACCCCAGGCCCAACGUGUACUGGAUCAAUAAGACAGACAACAGCCUGCUGGACCAGGCUCUGCAGAAUGACACCGUCUUCUUGAACACGCGGGGCCUGUAUGACGUGGUCAGCGUGCUCAGGAUCGCACGGACCCCCAGCGUGAACAUUGGCUGCUGCAUAGAGAACGUGCUUCUGCAGCAGAACCUGACUGUCGGCAGCCAGACAGGAAAUGACAUCGGAGAGAGAGACAAGAUCACAGAGAAUCCAGUCAGUACCGGCGAGAAGAACGCGGCCACGUGGAGCAUCCUGGCUGUCCUGUGCCUGCUUGUGGUCGUGGCGGUGGCCAUAGGCUGGGUGUGCAGGGACCGAUGCCUCCAACACAGCUAUGCAGGUGCCUGGGCUGUGAGUCCGGAGACAGAGCUCACUGCUGAGUCCUGAGAAAACCGACGUCUGCCUGCAGAAUGGAAAGGGGUGCUUCAUGUUCCUCUCUCUCCUUCAUCUCCCUUCCAAGGCCAUGUUUGACCGGAGCUCACCGCCCGGAGCGUGGACAGGGCUUCCGUGAGACGCCACCAUGAGAGGCCAGGUGGCAGCUUGAGAAUGGACUCACAGACUGCAGGGGAGCACUUGGGGCAGCCCCCAGAAGGACCACUGCUGGAUCCCAGGGAGAACCUGCUGGCGUUGGCUGUGAUCCUGGAAUGAGGCCCUUUCAAAAGCGUCAUCCACACCAAAGGCAAAUGUCCCCAAGUGAGUGGGCUCCCCGCUGUCACUGCCAGUCACCCACAGGAAGGGACUGGUGAUGGGCUGUCUCUACCCGGAGCGUGUGGGAUUCAGCACCAGGCUCUUCCCAGUACCCCAGACCCACUGUCUUCCCGUGGGAUGCGGGAUCCUGAGACCAAAGGGUGUUUGGUUUAAAAAGAAGACUGGGCGUCCGCUCUUCCAGGACGGCCUCUGUGCUGCUGGGGUCACGUGAGGCUGUUUGCAGGGGACACGGUCACAGGAGCUCUUCUGCCCUGAACGCUCCCAACCUGCCUCCCGCCCGGAAGCCACAGGACCCACGCAUGUGUGUGCCCACGAGUGUAGGCAGCCGUCCGCACCGAGGAGCCCCCGGAAGUCCCCGCUGGGCUUCAGUGUCCUCUGCCACAUUCCCUGGGAGGAACAAUGUCCCUCGGCUGUUCUGGUGAAAAGUUGAGCCACCUUUGGAAGACGCACGGGUGGAGUUUGCCAGAAGAAAGGCUGUGCCAGGGCCGUGUUUGGCCAGCUACAGGGGCUGCCGGGGCUCUUGGCUCUGCAGCAAGAAAGACACAGCCCAGCAGGGCUGGAGACGCCCAUGUCCAGCAGGCACAGGCCUGGCAACACGGUCCCCAGAGUCCUGAGCAGCAGUUAGGUGCAUGGAGAGGGUAUCACCUGGUGGCCACAGUCCCCUUCUCACCUCAGCAAUGAUCCCCAAAGUGAGAGGUGGCUCCCCCGGCCCCCACCACCCUCAGCAGCCCCACCCCACUCAACCCUGAGGGUCCCCAGGGUCCUGAUGAAGACCUCCGACCCCAGCACCAGGCUCCUUGGAGCCCAACAGUCCCAAGGGUGCAGGAGACGGGGUGGCCCAGUGCUGAGGGGUACAGCCCUGGGCCCUGACCAGCCCCGGCACCUGCCAUGCUGGUUCCUGGAAUGAAUCAGCUGCUGACUGUCUCCAGAAGGGCUGGAAAGGACGCUGCCAGGUGACCCGGGGUGCACUCGCCCCAGGGAGAUGGAGUAGACAGCCUGGCCUGGCCCUUGGGACACAGUGUCUGCCCCGGGGCUAUGGGCAAAUGCCCCUCCUUCUUACUUCCCAGAAUCCCCUGACAUUCCCAGGGUCAGCCAGGACCUGUUACAGCCCUGGUCACUUGGAACUGACAGCUGUGUGAGGCCUGCACUUCUCAGACCCAGACUUAGAACAAAAGGAGGAGUGAGGACUCAUGGCUACAAUGAGGUUCCAGUACUUGUUACAAGAAAUUGGUUUUCUGCAAAAAAAGUCCCUACCUGGGCCUUUAAGUGAAUGUGGGAUCCACUCCCGCUUUUAACAUGAAAGCAUUAGAAGAUGUGUGGUGUUUAUAAAAGAACAGUUGUCAUCACCGGGCAUUGAUUGGCAGGGACAAGGAGCUGCUUGGGUGUGGAAAGUUGGGGCGUUGGAAAGUGGGGUGUGGUGCCCAUUUGCAGUGACUGUGAAGUGACUCCAGGACGGACCUGCGGGGGCACCCAGAGGUCCUAAGCCCCAGGACUAGGGGUCGUGCAUCACCACUCGGGUGUCCCAGGAGGUGCCCUGGGCCCGGGGACCUCACAGGCAGGACGGCGACACUAAUGCAGGGAGAGGGAGUCUGGCCCCAGCUUUUGCCAUCGGAGGCGAUUUUCUUUCACCAGGGGACGGGCAGGAAAGAUGCAGGGGCCCCAGAAGCUUCUAUCCCUCAUGCCUGAGGGCACGGGGGACACUUGGAGGCUGCUGUCACCACUGUGCGUCCAAGGCCAUGCCCUCUGCGGGUCAGUGCCUGAGUCUCGCCUCCCUGCUGGUCCCUGAAGCCCCCUCAGAAACCCUGCUUGUCACGUCGGCAUUUGUGAGACCCACCCUGUAACGCCUGCCCCUCUCAGCCCAACAUCAGCUUCCUCUUUCUCCCUUGCUGUAGACAGGCUGGAUUCCAGUGUUGGGACAGCCAUCUCCAGAAACCUGACUUAAGAGAGUAAGAUGCAAAUCGUGCCUGUAUCCUGUGGCUUCGGUGGGUGCAGGGAGUCUUGGGCACAGCCAGCUCAGCUGUCUGUGGUCUGAGCAGGAACAGGUGCCACUCCUGCUCAGGGGACCCUGCCCUACACCAGGCUGUUCAGUCCCCCUGGAGGACAUGGGGCCAGGUCUGGAGGCAUUUUGGGUUGUCACAGCUGGGGGCUGUUCCUCAGCUUCAGCGGGUGGAAGCCUCAGAUGCUGUUCAACAUCUUCUGGACACGGGAGGCCCCGACAGAGAGAAGCAUCCACCCGCAAGUUCACAGUCUGAGGUCUCCCCUCAGAGACCCUGCCCUGCACACCCACCUCCAGCCAAAGGUCCUGCCUGCCCCAGGGCUCAGGGGAACCUUGCCGGUCUGUGGAACAGGAGAGGGGACUCUUGCCAGCUGCACCACCCUGCACAUAGUAGGUGUGCAGUAAACAUCCACCAGGGAGGCUCCAGUCAAGGCUGGCAGAUGGGGCGGUCCAUCCCUAGGGCAGGUGACAGAAGGGAAAAGGCUGCCUGCUGGCCCCCGAGCCAGGUAGCACAUGCUUGUGCCUCAGUUUCCCCUCCUGUAAAGUGAGGCGCUGGAUCCAGGUUCUGUCUACUGGGCUCUGCAGCUUGGACGCACCUAAGACCAAGCGACCCACCCUGGGGAGGGCAGCUAUGGCUUUGGAAUAGCUGUCCAGGCCUGGGCGCCUCCAAGAAGGCUGCCACACCCUGCCUGUGCUGCAGGGGUGCAGGGGUGAGGGGCAAGACUCCAGAGGCCUCCUCUCUGCAUCUCCUUGUCUUCAGUGGCCGGAGGUGAGGCCUGAGCUCAGGGGAGGGGCUUCUGCCAUGAACCCUAUGGCGGGGCACAGCACACUUUUCCCAGGGAGGACCCCUGGGCCCCCUGCGUUGUCCCCAGUGGAGUGUGGGGUCACCUUGCAAGAGCGACAUUGAGAAGCUCCAGCUCUAGGAGUGUGCAGACUCUUAACCAGGCAGGCCCAGGCCCUGGGGCACACAAAGGUGGGGCCUGCUCUCCCCAGCUGCCCCUGCCAAUGGGGGCUGGACUGUCCUACCCUCCUCCCUUCUACCUCCCCACUGUCUUCCCUCUCCACUGUCACCACUGCCUCCCUCUUCCACUGUCCUCCAUGCACUGCCCUCCCUCCACCUUCCUCCACCCCCACCAUUCCCCAUGCUGUCCCCAGGCUCCCCCCGCUCUCACCCCUCCCCACUGUCCCCCUCCCCAUGCUGUCUCCAGCUCACCCCGCUCUCCCCCCUCCCCACUGUCCCCCUCCCCAUGCUGUCCCCAGCUCACCCCGCUCUCCCUCCUCCCCACUGUCCCCCCUCCCACUCCCCAUGCUGUCCCCAGCUCACCCUACAUGGACUUGGCGAUGUCCUUCCAUGGCUCACCGGUCUGAAUUUCCAUGAUGAGCCGGGCCUGCAGCUUUGUUCCCCUAUCCCUGCCCAGGCUGCAGCUGUCCAUGCAGGGAGCGAGCUCCAGCACCUGCGGAGUCCUUCCGUGGGGGCCUCUCUGUGCCGCAGCAGCCAGGGACCUCAGGUGCCUGUGCAUGACACCACCGCCCAUCCUCAUCCUGAGCCAGCCUCUCAGGAUCAGGACUUGGUUUGGCGGCGUUAACCUUGGAGCCUGCAAGGGGCUUCCUCCUGGCGGGCCUGGCCAUAGCCUGGGGAGGCCACAGCUCCAGGCCACUCCAGACCCCCCUUCCUCUGGGCCUUCCAUGUGGUGGCAACCACCGCAGCUGCAAGGGAAGGAAAAUUGAGCCUUUGUUCUCUGGCUGGGCUGGGGUCUGGGGGAAGCCAUGGGCGUGAAGACUGGAGUAUAUUAUUUGAUGGAGAAGUGGCCACUCCUGGAGACCAGCGGCAAACACAGAAGCACAGCGUGGAAGGUGCUGGUGUCAGCCCACACAGGUGAUGGGGUCAGACUCAGGAGUCACACUCAGGAGUCACCAGGCUCAAAGGGCCCAGGCACCGCAAGUCCUGCUCAGCCCCAGACACAAUGCAUUCCUGUUGCCCUCGCCCUCAGCCAGGCCCCACGCAGGCCAGGGAGCACUGGCAAAGCUUGGCGACCCUCUGGAGGCCAGCCUCCAUCCAGGCCGAAGGUGGUCAGUGGCUCACCGUGGCCCAGGUAGAAAACUCACGGAUUAAGAUUUCAUGCCCGACUCCAAAGGCAAGAGACUUUAUUAUUUUAUUUUUUUUGAGCCAGAGUAUCACUCUGUCACCUAGGCUGGAGUGCAAUCUCUGCUCACUGCAACAUCUGCCUCCCGGACUCAAGCAAUUCUGCCUCAGCCUCCCAAGUAGCUGGGAUUACAGGUGUGCGCCACCAUGCCCAGGUAAUUUUUGUAUUUUUAGUAGAGACAGGGUUUCACCAUGUUGGUCAGGCUGGUUUCAAACUCCUGACCUCAAAUGAUCUGCCCUCCUCGACCUCCCAAAGUGCUGGGAUUACAGGUGUGAGCCACCGCACCUGGCUACCAGACACUUCAGAGUCACAGGUUAGUUUUUCUUUUUCUUUUUUUUUUUUUUGGCGGAGGUGCAGGGGGAGUUAAACAAACAAACAAACAAACAAAAUAAACAGGCCGGGUGCGGUGGCUCAUGCCUGUAAUCCCAGCACUUUAGGAGGCCUAGGUGGGUGGAUCACGAGAUCAGGGGUUCAAGACCAGCCUGGCCGAGAUGGUAAAACCCCGUCUCCACUAAAAAUACAAAAAUUGGCCAGGCACGGUGGCUCACACCUGUAAUUCCAGUACUUUGGGAGGCUGAGGUGGGCAGAUCACCUGAGGUCAGGAGUUCGAGACCAACCUGACCAACAUGGAGAAACCCCAUCUCUACUAAAAAUACAAAAUUAGCCGGGUGUGGUGGUGCAUGCCUGUAAUUCCAGCUACUCGGGAGGCUGAGGCAGGAGAAUUGCUUGAACCCAGGAGGCAGAGGUUGCAGUGGGCCAAGAUGGCGCCAUUGCACUCCAGCCUGGGAACAAGAGCGAAACUCUGUCUAAAAAAAAAAAAAAAAAAAAAAAUUA